AUGGAGGACCAGGUGAAACAGGUCAACAGGCAACUCGAGACUGUGCUCAGCAUUAUGGCGCGGGCGCAACAAGAAUUAAGUGUUGAAAUUGCCCGGAAUCAGUCCAAGUUGGCCGAGGAGAAUAGGAAAGAUCAGACGAUCAGCAUCGACAUUGCAGAGGCCUCGAAAAGGAUAGCGGAGGAGACCAAAAGAGAUGGGACGUCGAUGAAAACAUUGGCGGUGGUGACAUUGGUGUUCUUGCCAGGAACUACCGUGUCGUCGAUAUUGGCGAUGCCUGUGUUUGACUGGGACGCAAAAGAUGGAGCGGUGGUGAAUCCUAGGAUUUGGGUGUACUUCGCCCUUGCCAUACCUCUGACAGUCUUGACCAUUACCAUCUGGCACCUGUGGCUGAUGACACGGAGACGUGCGGUGAAAGAUACUGACGCAAUCUGA